AUGAUAGACACCAUGAUGCCGAAGAUAUCGGAUGCCCGUUUUGAAGCCCUAGAAGCACACAAUCAGAACCUACAGGCAGAUCAACAAAGGAUGGUCGACGAUAUGCAGAAAUCAAGGAAAGAAUCCACGGAUCUGAUCUGGCAACUCCUACAAAAUAUGCAGCAGUUUCAACUGAUGGUAUGUGCUAGAUUGGAUGCUUUGGAGACGAAGGAACACUCUACUCUCCAGCCGAUAUCAUCACUUCGCUCAGAGUAG